CCGCAUUUAUUUGUUAUCGCCGCCAUUUUGAAACAGUGACACCAACAUUGCCAAUUCAGAAUUUUAUCAUUGUUAUUAAAUUAUUGUUACCUAAAUAAUUAAUUAAGUUUGCAAAUAUUCAGAAUUCGUGAAAAGACAUCGCUAAUGUGAAAACAGUGUAAGUGUGAGGUUAGGUCGCAAUGUUUAGCGAUUCGAUCUACGACUGGAGGGCCCACAACAGGCAAUUGGCCCUCGAGGGCCGCGCAACUUUGGAGAGAACGGGUGAAAGCCUCGCGAGGUCCAACCAAAUAGCCAUUGAGACGGAACAAAUCGGUAACGAAGUCGUCUCCGAGUUAAAUGAGCAAAGAGAAACCUUGUUGAGGACCAGAAGCCGCCUUGAAAAUGCCAACGAACAGUUGGACACCGCCAAGACGGUCCUCAAGAGGAUGGGGCGCAACGCCAUAUACAACAAACUGAUCCUAAUCUUGAUUAUAAUAAUAGAAAUCGCCAUACUUGUCUCACUCACAUAUUUGAAAUUUUUCAAGAAAUGAUUUAUUAAAUAAAGAUUAUCUACAUUCGUUCUGACACUCUA